AUGGAUUUUAUGCUACGACCAGCUGCAGAGAGCUCGAACUCUGUGGUAAACUUGGAGCCAAUUCCUGAUUUUGUCGUUAAAUCCAAAUUAAUAAGUACAGAAGGCAGACCAUCACACUUGUUGAAAUUAAAGGCCAAUACGAAAGCAUUUAUUAAUAUAUGUCACCAUGACGAAGUUCCUAAGCCAGACAUUGAGUUUACCUCAUCGGUGGUGUAUCCAUUAAUUAUGAACAAUCAGUGGGAAGUUCCUAUAGUUACUUCAUCGGUACGAGAAGAUACGGACAAGAAGGGCGCAAUGUGUUACGUAUGGGAUUGUUGCAUCAAUACCGAUUGCAUGGGUUGGAUCAGUGACGAUUUACAAUUGAGAGAAAUUGUGAUCGAAUGGUGCUUGGAAUCAUGCGAAUUGUCUGACGUUGUAGGAAUUUCAAGAGAACAUAUUGCAUUUCCUAAGAUGAAGAAGAAAGGUGAAGCAAUUCCAGCUUUGGAAAUUCAUUUAAGUGAGCUGACCAAUAAUUAUCAAGAAAAUAUAGCUAAGGCUGCUGAGGCUGAAGAUGACGGUCCAUCAAAUAUUCUUAGAAUGAAGCGAAGUUUACUAGAUGAUGAGCCAAGCGGUCUUCUAGGGAACGCAGAUGAUGAUGAACUACCUCCACUGAUACCAAGCAACAAACAAUCGGGUGGACCAUUGAUUGAGGAGAUUGACAGCCUGAGAAUUGCUGAUCGACAAGAAAAUAGGCAUCAAGCAACAGUGGAAUUACCAGAAUUACAAUUCGAUGUGAGAAUCAGAAAAACUAAGGACACAGAAAAGUUCAAGCUUAGGAUUGAAGUUUCUUCUCAGAUCAACUCAGGGUCGGAUUUGGAAUUACGUUAUAAUCCGCAGGAAAAUGCGUUAGAGAUCAAGAACAAAAAUUUAAAUGUCUACAAAGAAAAGAAGCUGCAUAUACCACUCCCAAAUAUCUUCUCUGAGUCAGACAUAUCACGUAUGCAAUCAUUUUUUGUCAGUAAGGACAGCAAGCUGAUCAUUUUCAUAUGA